UUCUUGAUUUUUACAGUACUAUUUUCGAAAGCUUAAAUGAAGAAAUUCUAAAUUCAGAUACCCAUAUAUGAAAAUCUUGAGCUAUAUCCUUGGAAGAUUCCAUGUCUGCAAAUCUUUCUUUCUGCGCUCAAUCAAGCACCCUCAACUUUCCGUAUAAUCCCGUCUUGAACCGCAAACCAAUUCUCCAUUUCUUGUUUCCAAAAGCUAAAAUCAUUGCCAGCUCCGACCACCCUACCCCCAACGUUGGCAUUGAUCCUAAAAAACAAGAAACUAAUCAUUCCAAUUCAGCUAUCAAAGCACCCACGGCUCCGUGGAUGAAGGGUCCGCUUCUCGUGGAACCCAAUCAGGUCAUGCGCUUCUCGAAACGGAGGAGGAGUAGGAAAGACUCCACCUUUAUCCAAAACGAAACCCCGGAUAAGGCAUUGACGAGUAAGGUGAGUGGAGGAAGAGGCAAGAAAGCGAUGAAGAAGAUUUUUCACCGCAUUGAGAAACUUCAAGAAACUGUUGACUUGGAAGAGGAGAGUUGGGAAACUGAGGAAAAGGGAAAGUUCAAAUUUACACCCGGAGCUUUGUGGGGAGAUAAAGAUUCAGACUUUGAGGAGGAAGUGGAGGAGAUUAGCCAUGGAGGGAGUGAAGUAAAAGGGAUUAGGAGAAUGCCAUGGCAGAGAGAGGAGGAGGGGAUUGUGAUUAAGAGAAUGAACACAGAAAAGGCAAUGACGGCUGCUGAGGCGAUUCUUGAUCGAGAAUUUCUUGAAAGUUUGAGGGAUAAGGCUGAGAGGAUGAGAAAAUGGGUGAAGGUUAACAAGGCUGGAGUGACUCAUGAUGUUGUUAAUCAAGUCCGCUUGAUUUGGAGGACUGAUGAACUUGCCAUGCUCAAGUUUGAUGUGCCUUUAUGUCGAAACAUGGCUAGGGCUCGCGAAAUUGUUGAGAUGAAAACUGGGGGCCUUGUUGUUUGGAGUAAGAAAGAUGCUCUGGUUGUUUAUAGAGGGCACAAUUAUCAGCUAGGGUUCUAUGCUUCUCCAAAGAAAAGUCGCAAUCUUGUUGAUGAUGGACAGAAUUCUUCAUUGAGUGGUGAAGAGGAGAGUGUAUCAAUUGAUGGAUCACUCUAUGAACGAGAAGCUGACAGAUUGUUGGAUGGUUUAGGGCCUCGUUUUGUUGAUUGGUGGUAUCCAAAGCCUUUGCCAGUGGAUGCUGAUUUGCUUCCCGAAGUGGUUCCGGGAUUCAGGCCACCACUUAGGCGUUGCCCACCAGAUGUUAGACCAAAGCUGACGGAUCAUGAGCUAACGUACUUGAGGAAGCUUGCUCGUCCUUUGCCAACUCAUUUUGUGCUCGCGAGAAAUAGAAAACUCCAAGGAUUGGCUGAAGCAGUGGUUAAAUUGUGGGAGAAAUGUCAUAUCGCAAAAAUUGCUUUGAAAUGGGGAGUCCCAAACACAGACAAUGAGCAAAUGGCAAGCGAACUCAAGAGACUCACUGGAGGAAUUAUUCUAUUACGUAAUAAAUUCCUUAUAAUCCUAUAUCGAGGGAAGGACUUUCUUCCUUCUCAAGUGGCAACACUAGUGGCAGAGAGAGAAGCAUUACUUAUGAGACAUCAAUUUCAUGAAGAAUCUGCUCGGCUAGAAACAACUGAAAUCUUUUCUGCAACAUAUGAAACUUCAGUGAACUCUGACAUACUUGGAACUUUGUCAGAAUUCCAGCUUUUCACAGAUUAUGCAAAACAGGAAGUUAGAAACGAUGAGGUGAAGGUUCAGAUGGAGACUCAAAAGGCUGGAUUGGAAAAAGAACUGAGAAAUCAAGAGUGGAAGCUUUUCAUGCUCAAAAAGAAGAUAGAAACAUCAGAAAAGGUAUUAGAAAAGUUGGAUUCUGCAUGGGAACCUUCACAGCAGGAUGACGAUAAGGAAAUAAUAACAGAAGAGGAAAAGGAAUGCCUGCGAAGUAUAGGAUUAAAGAUGGAUGGAAGUUUGGUCCUUGGAAGGCGUGGUGUUUAUGGUGGUGUAAUUGAAGGUUUGCAUCAGCACUGGAAGCACAGGGAAGUUGCGAAAGUUAUCACAAUGCAGAAAACAUUUUCUCAAGUUCUUCAAACUGCACAGUUUCUCGAGGUAGAAAGUGGUGGGGUUCUGGUUUCUAUAGACAAACUUAAAGAAGGCCAUGCUAUAAUAUUAUAUCGUGGGAAAAACUAUAAACGUCCAAAGUUGGCACCUCAAAAUCUUCUUACUAAAAGAGAAGCAUUGUUCAAGUCACUUGAAAUGCAGAGACUUGGAUCAUUGAAGUUUUAUGCAAAUCAGAAAGAGCAGGCUAUCUUGGAUUUAAAGCGCAAACUGCAAUGGUUAGGAGAAAACAACAGGAAGGAAGACCCUUUCUUGCAUCAAAUUUCUGUGGUAACUGAUGAUGUAGAGAACAGCUGAGGGAACUCGGUUGGAGGACAGAAAACUGGUUUGGGUGGAAUCUGCAAGGAGCCAAUGCUUCCCUCCAACAUCUCCACCACUCUUCUUAUGGAAGGGCGGUCUGCUGGAUUUGUUUGGAUGCACCACAAACUAACCAAGAUCAUCUUCAUUGCCAUUUCUUUAUCCUCCUCAUCUGUGAUGCCUUCAAGACUGAAAUCAAAUCCUUGCUCCAGAUGCUCAUAUAUCCAAUCCGGGAAACACGAGUCACUUGUCUGAUCCGUGUCUGCUUUCUCCCUUACUCCAGCCAUGUCAAUAACAGUCAUGCCAUAGCUAUAAACAUCAGAUUUGUGCGAGACACUUCCAAUGCUUCUGAAGAAAACUUCUGGGGCCAUGUAUCCUAUUGUUCCUCUACCAAACGUUGAUAGAGAUACAAUGCUCUCCUUUUUCUUGCACAGUUUUGCCAGGCCGAAAUCAGAGAUUUUGGGGGUGAAAUCCUUGUCCAAAAGAAUGUUGUUAGGUUUAAUGUCAGAGUGCAUGAUUCUUGUGUUACAACCUCCGUGCAAAUAUUCUAGUCCUCGGGCAAUGCCAAUUGCAAUCCGGUACAAUGUCUUCCACUCCAACCGACAACUCUUAUCUGAAUCCUACAAGAGUAACUAUGUUCAUGUGGGAAGUUCGACAAAUGCUAGCAACUUCAUUGAUGAAAUCUUCUCCAUUACCCUUUGCGUUGGUCAAUAGCUUCACAGCUACUGGGCACCCAUCAGCUUUUCAUCUCCCCUUCUCCAGAAACUUCUCCUUUUGAGAAAGCAGAUUGUAAGCACUGAAGUUAGUAUUACUCCAAUUGAAGAGGUUAAAGGCCAAGGAUGUUGUGGAUAGAUAUCGCGGUGACUGUUAGUGCUGCAUUGCUGAUGUUGAAGAUUAUUUCUAUGUUCUUGAUUGGAUAGUUAUGUAUGGGGCUAAGGGUGCCAUUACAGCAAUCUAGUUGAAAGCCAGGAUAAUUGCAGCAGCAGAAGAUAGGGCUAUGAAGAAAAAUUUGAGACGAACAUUAGAAUGCAUCUUUCAGGGGCAAGAAGAAACAAGAUUUGACCUGCCUCAAAUGUUGAAAUGUACUUGAAGAUGAAACUUUAAAAUCUCAGAGAGCUGAAAUUUCAAGAAACCUCAGUUUUUUAUUUUUAUUUGUUUUGACGAGGAAAACUCACAGCCACUACCUGUGAGUGUGUAUCGAGUAAACCUCACAUUGUGAACCUAGCCGGAAAAGGACCUGAGAGUAAAACUUACAAUUUUAUAGUUACCAAGCCAACAGUCUGACCAACUUGGCUGAGUUGCCUCAGAAACUCAACCAAAAUCACAAUAUUAUAGACUAUUUGAGAAACUUAGUUCUAUAUUU